UUUCAGGUCCGGAAGUGUCGCUAAUGACUGGGUCGAGAUCUACUCGUUCGUGAAGAACCUCACCGACAGAUUUGUGAGCCCCAGAACGAGAGUCUCGUUCAUCGUGUUCUCGGCCAGAGCAGAAGUCCUGCUUCCUCUGACCGGAGACGGAUACGCGAUAGAACAGGGUCUGAAACGCUUGCGGGCCGUUAAGCCAGCAGGUGAAACAUAUAUGCAUGAGGGAAUAAAAGAGGCCUCAGCUCAGAUACAGGCGCAGAAGACCAAGUCUUCCAGCAUCAUCCUGGCUCUGACUGAUGGGAAACUGGAAACCUACAUUCACGAGCUCACAGUGAUAGAGGCUGACAAGGCGAGGACAUUCGGAGCCCGUGUUUACUGUGUGGGUAUCAAAGACUUCGAUGAGCAGCAGCUUGCUGAUGUAGCGGACACCAAGGACCAAGUGUUUCCUGUCAAAGAUGGCUUCCAGGCACUCAAAGGCAUCGUCAAUUCUAUAUUAAAGCGUUCGUGCACAGAGAUCCUGAGUGUGGAGCCCUCCAGUGUCUGUGUGAACGAGUCCUUCGACAUCGUCCUCAGAGGGAACGGCUUCACUCUCGGCCGCAGCAACGAAGGCGUCCUCUGCAGCUUUAUAGUCAACCAGCAAACCUUCGAACAAAAGCCGAGUUAUGUGCGUAAUGACUAUCUGCUGUGUCCUGCUCCGGUGCUCUAUGAAGUGGGACAAUGCAGCUGAAAACUUGACACCAACGGCUACUUCCUCUCUACUUUCUUCAGAACAAUUUCAAAACAAUUUUAUUUCCUCU